GUGUAAGUCGGGCGGACGUACGGACAUGGCCGGUUUUUCUGAUCUGAGUGUAGCAGCCAUGAUGGCAGGCUAAGUGCCACCGAGAGCAAGUACUGCUCAAAUCGUGGUAGGCGGUAAACGCGGCAGGUCGACGCGCAAGUGUUCUGCACGCACUAAGUAAGCAGGCGGCUGUGGACCGAUCGCGAUUGUUUCAACAAUUGCAACGCUGGCUAGAUUGCAUGCACUCGUUGUCGGCUCGCGUUGUGCACAAUCGGAUUUUUGCAGUGUAGUGAUUUUUGCGUUUUUUACUCAUCCCCAUUUUUAUUUACGGAAAUGUGAAACACAGUGCAGUGCUGAUUUGCGACUGUUUUGGACGACGACGGAAGCCGCUAAAAUUUAAAACACCACACUAAACAAACUAGAAAUAAGAAACCAACCAUGAAAACCCGCUAACCCACACGAAUCGCAAGCAAACGAUCUCACUACUUUUAAGGCUCCUAUCAACGCCAAGACGCAAUCCUCAAGCUCAGUCAAUGUUCCUGAAGAGAUAGCAAGAACGCACGACGGGACCGUCGGUCUGCGCGGGCAUCCAGUGGCGUAGUUAAAACGGCUUAAUCAUUGGCGUAGAGAUUGCACCUUCCCUUUGCCCGAUGGGGGGCGACACCUCCCCCGAGCAGCAAUACUCGCUGCGCUGGAAUGACUUCCAUUCGUCGAUUCUGUCGUCGUUUCGACACUUGCGAGAUGAAGAAGACUUCGUCGAUGUCACGUUGGCCUGUGAUGGAUGUUCGUUUACGGCACACAAAGUUGUGCUGUCGGCGUGUAGUCCCUACUUUAGGAGGUUGCUCAAAGCGAAUCCCUGCCAGCAUCCCAUCGUUAUCCUUAGGGAUGUACAGCAAAAAGACAUGGAAAGUCUGUUAAGGUUUAUGUACAAUGGGGAAGUACACAUAGGGCAAGAACAACUUACGGAUUUUUUAAAGACUGCACAAAUGUUACAAGUGAGGGGGUUAGCUGACGUACCAGCCGGUACUGCAGGACAAAGACUGACUGCUCCAGAGCAAAAGAUCUCACCUAAUUCUUCAUCUUUACCGUGGGCGACGGACCGAUCGGAUGCUCUCCGCGAGGGUGCUUUAUCGCCGCCCCCGGCUAAAAGGGCCAGGAGUACGGAACGAGGGACAUUCACGCCAGACAGGGGAAGGAGUCCCUCUAGGGGCAACGGCGACAUGCAAGAGUCCCUGCUUGGACAGGCCUUGGAAGGCGGACCCACGAUACUCACUAAAGAGAAGGGCAAUUCGGAUUCGUCGCUGCAAGCGCAAUCGACUGGCGAAGACAGCAACAGCAGUGACACGGCGAUGAGCGAUCACGGAGACCCUGUAACCCCAAAGACUGAACCUUCCGAUUACCCCAUGUUAGACGAUCAUCAUCCUUUUAAUACAAACGGCGGGCUAAUUGAUCAGACGCGGACUCCGACAUUUCCAGGCGCGCUGUUGGGUCUACAAGGAUUAGGAGGACUCAUGCCCGGUCCUUCGGGGAUCCACAACAGUACGGAUAAUUUCGUUUCGAGGCGUUCUCUGGACAUGAUGAGAGUCAGAGCGACAGACCCUAGACCCUGUCCGAAAUGCGGUAAAAUCUACCGGUCAGCUCACACGUUACGAACUCAUUUAGAAGAUAAACAUACGAUAUGCCCUGGUUAUAGAUGUGUGUUAUGUGGAACAGUAGCGAAAUCCCGAAAUUCCCUUCACUCGCACAUGUCUCGACAACAUAGAGGAAUUAGUACAAAAGACCUGCCAGUUCUGCCCAUGCCCGCCCCAUUCGAUCCGGACCUAGCCAGCAGAUUGCUAGCGAAGGCCGGUGUGAAAAUAAGUCCCGCCGAGCUGCGAGCGCGCGCCUCCCCCACGGGCCCCCGCCGCUCCGACGUCAAGUUGGACGCGAAAAGCGCCUACUCAGGGGCGGCGUCCGAGGCGGGCAGCUCGAUAUGCGGCGACAACGACCCCGAAGACCUGACAAUCUCGCACCAAAGGUAUGGAGGGUUAGACCUAGCGCUAUCACCCCCUCUCCACCCGCAGAAUUCUAACUUUAAACUGAACAGGUUUAACUCGACGGGCCAGGCGGUGGCCGCCAAAAGCGUAGACUCUCUAGCUCACAAUCUGUCGAAAGAGCCGUAUCCCGCGCCCCUGCCGCCGCCGGUGUCGGGGGCCAAUUCGACGGGCUCGGCCAUCCUCGACACCUACCUGCAGUUCAUCACAGAGAACAGCUUGGGUAUGGGGAUGAUGUCCUCCGAGCAGGCGGCGGCGGCAGUGCACGCCGCCAAGCUGGCGCAACUGAACGCCAUGGGGCUGGACAAGGCCUCGCAGCAGCACUUCCUGGAGAAGAUGCAGCAGCAGAUGCAGAGCGCCAACGAGAUGAUGUUGAAGCGGAGCGACGAGAUCAGGCGGGGUGACGCGGAGAUGGUGAAUCACGAGAGGGAGCGGGAGAAAGAGAACGAGGAGGCGGAGUCCUCCGGGGGCGAGGAGGAGGACUAUAGUGAGGACGAAGCGGAGCCGGAAGCGGUCAAAGCGGGGGAAUAGUGUAUAGGAUGGAAGAAUGAAAACGAAAACUGUUAGUUGUAUAUGUUCGAGGAAUCAGUCGCCGCCACUCUUGCCAAGUAUCAUCCAACUUAAUACUCAUUUAUUCCAUCCAACUACCUCAGUUUUUAUCUCAUUAUAGAUAUUUAUUACUUACAUUUCCUUUUAUAGCGGGCUGCCGCUAUAAUAAUACUAAAAAUUCCAUCCGUCUACCUCAAAGAUAGUAUAGGUUACGAGUGCAAGAUAAUAAGGGUUUUCAAGUGUAUACGGUAAUUUAGAAAAAAAAAUAGUAUAAAGUUUAUAUUGGACUACGUUGCAGUUAUAAGAUAACUUAAAUCGGUGUUUCAGUAGGCUGUUGUGUAGGUUCGUACUGCAUUAGACUAUCUUGCCGGGUUGUUAUACUUGCGAUUUAGACCUGAAUUAUUUUCGCAACGGGUCCGUACAUUUCAGUUUCGAUACGGCACGCAAGCCCAGAUUUAACAAAAUGUUUUAAUCCAAUUACCUCCAACUCAGGUCGGAUCAAUAUCACUACCUAUAGAAUUUUACGUGUUCCUAUAUAACUUAGUUACUAUGCAACCGAUACUUCCAUAAAGAAAGAUUUUGUCAAGUCUGUACUGCCGUGCUCAGAACCAUGGUCCACGUAUAAACAUGUUUAAUAGUGUCUACUCAUUUUCACGUUUCGUAUCUACUUAUUAAAUAUGUUUAUCGCAACAUGUAUACAUACAUUCAAUUCAGGUGAAAAUGGUACAAAGCGUUUUUGCCUUUACAUCAAUAUUUUUGUACGUAACUUUAAAAAAAAGAAGAAAUACUGAAAUGUUACAACUUUUUGAGAUUUACUUUAUUUUAUAGAAUGCUUCCACAUAUGUUCGUAUGCUUCCCGUUAUAAGCAAUUCGUAGCUAUAUAACAAUCAAAUACUAUAUAGACAUGUGUACAUAUACAUAUGUAAACUCAUGUUCAUCACUCAGGAUACUCCAAUAUCAUUCUUACCGAAGUACAAAUUUCCGUAUCACUUUCUUUGUGUGCCGUUUCGUUUAACAAAAGAAUCUCACAGUUCAGGGAUUUUUCUCAGAUUCUUGCCAACAAUUUAUCAGUAUCAAAUUAUUUUUUACAUUCUUGAUUAGUCAUGAUCAGUGAUAAUUCGUCAGGUAAAUAAUAGCAAAUAAUCAGGUAUCAUCAAGUCAUUUUCUAGGAUUAUUCAUAUAGCUUCAUUGUAUCAUCAGUCACUAGGUUAAGUGAGAAUAAUAGUGCUUCUUUAUUAGAAUUUAGACUUCCAGUUCGACUUCCCCAGAACUCGUUGUCCACACGUACUUAACAAUAAUAAGCUUAACAAGACAUGCGCAUUACAGGCAACGCGAUCACUUACUGAGUAGUUCUUCCAUUUAUUUAUAUACUGUUGCAAUAGUUGUAUACUCGUAUUAUUUAUAAGUAUUUUUUAAUCAUUUUUUUAUUUCGUAAGUUUGACUCAGAAAGUACUUAUUUUUAUACCUCGCAUUCAUGCUUGUCGCUAUAAGCCAAGUUCGAUUGGUAGUUCGUUGUUUCCCGGUGGUAAUCAUUGUUAAAUGUUCAUAGAAAGUAUUUGCUUACGUUCAAAGACAAAGCAUAGUAAAUAGACUAAAGAAACUAGAAUAGCGAUAGCACUCGAAUAGAGGUCAUUGUUAAUUAUUGAAUAAGAUUAACUAUAGCAUAGAAGAUAUUGUUAAAUGCAAAUACUUCGAUGUAUACCAUAGGAGGAAGCACCUUCGGGUUUUGCCCUUAAAUCGCCUGCAUAUUCGGUCCCAGUGAAAAUACUUAAGUAUAUAAAACCGAUAGCUUCAAAAAGCUCGUGAAUAUGCCGGAUUACAUACACACACUUGUUGAUGGCAGCGGUUUAAGGACAAAACGAUAAUGUUUAAGCAAAUAUGAGCUUGAAUACUGUUCCUUCCAUAAUUAGACUUUAUUGAACGAAGGAACACAAUAUUUUUAUGGUGCUUUUUGUUUCGGAAGAUAACAAUAUUGAUUUUGAGGUAUGUUAUUGUAAAUAGUCUCAUAUUUCUUGUUAACACGUUAUAAUUAUGUGACGUUUCAAUUUUAAAAUUAGCAUUACUGUACAUAUUUUUUAUUUUUCAUUUAAUACCAAUAAAAUGCAAAUAAUUAUUAUUAAGGUCUAUACGAUAAGGGAGCCAUCCACUUUCUGCAGUUCUGUUUUCUCUCAUUUUUUUCUUCUCGAUUUUUUAACAGUAAUCGUUGAAUUCUCAAGGCUGCAGGAUGAGGGGUGUUGAAGAUGUCUCAUUAAUUUAAUGCCGUUGUGAUGUAGUAUUAUUUUGAUAUUGUUGUUUUUUCACGUUACCUACCUCAUUUUUAUGAUUAGUGAGACUUACCUCACGUGACACGUAUUAAAAACUCAGAAAUGACAUUGCAGAUCUCUCUCCAAUAAUACUGGUAUUUUUUGUACUUAAAGAAAAAAAAACAAAAUAUCAAAAAAUAUUUUUAAUUUUUAAGCUUAGACGUGUACAUACAGUUGUUUUAUAGAAUUUGCAAGAAAUGAUGUUAAGUAUUUGUGAGAAAUCCUUACGGGACUUAUGGCGAGCUUAUAUAAGUGUGCAGUGCCAUAUAUUAGGAAGACCUUUUUGCAAUUUAUUGUCCGCAGCAAAUUGCAAAAAGUUUUGUGUUUUAUAUAUAGGACUCUACAGCAGUCGUUAAGAAAUGCAAAUAAACCGGAGUAAUGGUUCCUAAUUUAGUACGGUUCCUCAACAAUAUUUUUUUAAUCGACAACAGCAACUAAGCCUUCAGAUAGUCCCGUAUUCCUACUCACUCACGAUUCUCUUUCGUUGUAUUAUUGAGAUGUUUAAUAUUUUAUUAAACUAUAAUAUGUAGGGUCUGAAUAUUAUGUGAAAUGUGUUUAUUGUUGAGGGACUGGGUGCCUUCAGAAAAUAAUUUAACAGCUGAUCGUUAGAAACAUCUAACGAUAUGAGGCUGAACAGAGUUCCUAACAUAACUCCCUUUACGAGAGGUGAAAAUACAUUUAAAAACAAAUAACUUGUAACUUUUAUAUAGCGUAGUGAACCGUUGACACCGAAAUAUAGUUUUGCUAAACGGCAGAAUCGUAUAUACACUAUAUUAUUAUAUGAAAUAGGUGUAUGUGUAAGAGUAUAUAAACUGAUAGGUAUACCUAAAAUACCCCUGUGUCCUUUCAUUAUUUGCAUUUCUUUAUUUUUUACAAUUCUUAUUUAUGUUGUACUUAAAAUCGAAAAGAUGUGAAGAAUUUUUAUUUUUGAGAUUUUUAUCGUUAAAUGUGUAACGUUCUCUUUGUUUGUAAUUAAAAUGUUCCUAAUAUUUAAGUUAGGGUUAUGUUAAGUUUUUAUUGUCCUUGUUUAAUUAGAGGUAGGUGCAAUAAGAUCAACACGAUUAGUGACGUUAUAAAUAAAUACCUAUUUGCCAUAUUAUUAUUAUUCUAUUAUUAAUACGUUGUGUAUUG